CUACGCUGCUGCUCGGUCUCCGCAGGCCGCAUCCUCUUAGAUAGAGAAGAAAAGGAGAAGAGGAAAGAGCGAGAGGGCUGGAAAGAAGUAAAGGGAGACUGCGCCGAGGAGUAGGAGGAUUCAUGGAGCCCGAGGCCUCCAAGCAGGGGGAGAAGCAGCCGAUGGAGGCGGAGGCCGGAGAUCCAGCAGAUCCCCGCGACCUAGUGUCCAGCGACGAUGAGAUAGACUACUCCGUGGAGCCCGAGUUCUACGACCCCACCAUAGACGAUGUUGAUGACCGCUGGGCGCACAAGCAGAGGAAAGGACGGACUUCUGACGCCGUGCUCAGCUGCCCCGCGUGUUUCACUACCUUGUGCCUCGAUUCCCAGAGGCACGAAAAGUAUGUAAACCAGUACCGUGCAAUGUUUGUGUGCAACUGCAAGGUCAAGACUGAUCAGAUUCUACGUGAGGGGAAAGGAAAAAGGAAGAAUCGGAAAGUAACGGCUGUUGAUUCUACUACACCAGAAGUUGCAAGCAAGGGGCCAGUUUAUCACCCUGUUUGUUGUGAGAUCUGCUCAACUGAGGUUGGAGUGUUUGAUGAAGAUGAAGUUUACCACUUCUUUAAUGUCAUUCCUAGUAACUCAUGAACCUUCUGAUGUUGUGAGAAUAGUUCUCGUAGUGCUGUUUUUUGUCAAUCUAGAGCUGAUGUGGUAGUAUGUGAAUUAUUUUUUCUUUUCAUGAUAUCAAGACAAAGUUAAACCUGCCGUCCUUCAUGGAAAUUAUAUUCUGGCAUCAUGGAUUUGGAUUAUCUGAAAUAAUAGAAUUUUCAGAGGGGAA